CAAGGUAGCAGAAGCUUUGCUGUGUUUUUCUGUAAAUAACUUCUUCAGGGCAUAUUGAUUUUUAUAUGACAUUAGUUCAGAUGGAUUUAGGAAGCUUGCAAUUCAUUCUGUAACGUCAAGACGACUGUGUACGAUGUUGCUGAAGGAAUAAAUAUGCAUGCCAAUGACAGUUGCAGAGUAUCGCAUCGGACAACUUUAUAUGAUCGCAAAACACAGUCAUGAGCAGAGUGAGAAAGGAGAAGGUGUGGAAGUGGUCAAAAAUGAAAUUUGUGAACAUUCAGUCCACGGUCAAGGACAGUUCACAGAAAAAAGAGUUCAUCUCUCAAGUCGAUUACCAACAUGGAUUCAGAAAAUGAUUCCAAAAAUAUUCUACAUAACAGAAAAGGCCUGGAAUUACUAUCCAUUUACUAUAACAGAAUACACAUGUUCCUUCAUGCCAAAAUUUACAAUCUACAUUGAAACAAAGUAUGCAGAUGACAAUGGCUGCAGUGAGAAUUUGUGUAACUUGAGUGAUUCUGACUUGAAGGAGAGAAAAGUAGAAGAGAUAGAUAUAGCGUAUGAUGAGAUUUCAGAAAAACAUUACAAAGAAGCUGAGGAUCCUACAAAGUUUGUUUCCAAGAAAACAGGAAGAGGUCCACUUUCAAAGGGCUGGAGGGAAAUAGUUAAUCCUGUAAUGUGUUCGUAUAAAGCAGUGAAAGUAAAAUUCGAGGUUUGGGGACUCCAAACAAGGGUAGAAGAAUUCACACACAGAUGUAUCAGGGAGAUCUUAUUACUGGGACAUAGACAGGCCUUCACCUGGAUAGACGAAUGGUUCGGUAUGUCAAUAGAGGACAUUCGUGACUAUGAAAAGAAAAUGCAUGCAGAGACAAAUGAGAAAGUACUCAGAUGACGAAAGCAAAGAAGCUGCUUUUAUUCAGCGGCCAGUAAUCGGACAAAAUCGGGUCAAAUGAUAAUUUUUUUUUGUGUGUGUUGUUUUCUUGCAGAUUGACACAAUGAUCUUUAUAAAAUCCAAAACUUUUUUUAAAACAUGAAGAACUAGUUAUGAUAAGGUUUCAUUUUGGCCCUAAACUGGCGUCAAAAUACUAGGCUUAGCAGGUUGGAUUCUUUCUGUUUUCAAACAGAAGAUGCAUUAUAGUAUCUAUGAACAUGUAUUUAAAUUUUAAUCCCUCAAAAUUUAAGUUUUAAGCAAUUUAUAUCUAUAAAUUUAAGAGUCUGUAUCAGUCGUACAUACCGGUACUCUUGGUGUUUCUAAAAUCAUAGUUAUACAUGUUAUCACAUGUUCAACAGUGAAAUACUGUAGUUUAUUUAUUGAAAAUGAUAUUCUGUCACAGUGCGAAAGGAUAAUUAGAAGCUUGAAAAUUAAACUCGAAGAUAUUCCUUUCAUUUUAUUAAGAAUAUUGUGUAAAAUUCCCCCUGACCUCUACAUGUAAACCAUCAUGACAGAGACUAAAAUUGCCAAAUUCUCUCUCAUUUUGUCACUGAAAUCCAUGUUUAUGUUUUUGAUCUCGCAACGCCUCAACUGCUCAACUAUGACUGUACAGCCUGUGACAAGAUCAUACAGGCCAAAGCAAGGGAAAAUCGAAGAAAAUGUAACAAACAGAAUAUUCAAUAUUUUGUGCAAUCGAUAUCUAAAUUGAUUUUACUUUUGAGAAACUGUUUUUAUACUAAUGCUUUUGCACUCAUGAAAAUAUAACAAGAAAUCCUGUCCCACUUGUGAAAUAAAUUCUAUUAAUAUCAAACUACAAAGCAUUAAAUAUCUUAAAAUAUUUUUUGUUAAAAACAUGUAUAUAUAUUAAGGGAUGAUAAAAAAUUAUCUUGUUAUGCUGUUAUUUGAACCAACUUUUACCUGCACAUGACAGAUUUUGGCAUGUUUGCAACUUUACAGAUGAAUAAAUAUAGGUAAUAAAAGAGUACGUUUUCAGUACAGUAUUUGUGCUGAUCAGUUAUAAAACAUUAUCAAUUUUUAAGAGCAGAUUUUAUCAUUUAUCCAAAGUGAUGAAUUUGCAUUGCUUUUUAGGGUUUAUUUAGCUUGUUAAGAAAGUUUUCUGAGGACACAAUAUAAAGCUACUGUAGUGUCACUGUAUAAAAGAUCAAAACAUGAACAAUGCAAUUUUAGUGCAAUAUGUUUCAGUGUGUAUAUGAGAAAUUUACAAGUAAUUUACACCAAUAUGUAUGUCCCCUUCUGCUAGCUGUAAUACCCUGUAAGUGGAAAUUUUAGCGAGACUCAAAUUUAGCGAUUUGACCUUAAAAACUGGUAAUUUAUUUUUAGCGAGAUGCAAUUUUAGCGACUUUUAAAUGUUCACUAAAGAAGCUUUUACAAAUAAAACGCAAUUAAUUUUUAGCGAUAUUAAAUUUUAGCAAUCUCAGCACCCUCGCUAAUAAUGCCAAAAUUAAAUCCUCGUUAAAAUUUCUGUUUAUACGGUAUUGCAAAUUAGAUCAAUCAAAGAAGAUUAUACUAUUGAUUUAGCUCUUGUUUGUGUAAAAUUUGUCAAGGAUUUGCCACCAACACAGAUGAUUUAUAAUCAAAUUUAUACAUAUAUACCUAUAUAAGUUUCUGUGCGUUUUUUUCCUGGUAAGAAUGAUUAAUGUAUUUAACAAGCACUGUACAUCACUUUUUAAUUGUGAGAACUAUAUUUUAAUUUGUGUAAAUAUACGAUCUUCUCUUGAAAAUGUUUUUCUUGCACAUAUAUUUAUAAGUAUUGAAUACAUACAGCAAAAACCAGCAUUUGUGAAAAUUUUGUCUCACUCAUAAAUACCAAAUACAUGUAUAUGACUUGCGAAAAUAAGAUGUUAAAAUUUUGUGAUUUGCAGUACAUGUUCUUUUUCUGGGUGGAUUUCACUAUCAUAGUGAAUAUUUUGCAAGUUCUCUACAUCUGUAUAAUUUUUAACUUUCCUAGUGUUUGUAACUAUGACACAGGGAUUAGAAAUUUUAAGUCAAUUGUUAUCAUGAUUUUACAUGCAUGUAUCUCAAGUUUUUUUUUUAUGAAUGUGUGAUAUUCAUGUGCUUAUUGUGUUAAACGUAUAUCUGACAGUGAUAAUUUUGGGCUCUACUUGUCAGAGACCUUUCAGACUUAUAUUUUAAAAUUUUAUUAGUUUUUCAUCAUGUGCAUUUUAACUAGAUUAAUUUUGCUUAAGCAUCGGAUCAAUUAUAGCCCAACUACUAAACAUUCCAAUUAUAUUUUAAAAUGAUUUUCUUUUCCAGAUGUUACAUCAUGAAGGGUAUAUUAAACAAACUAUUCAGAAGCCCUUGGAUUUCUCAAAGUUCAACGGUUACAUAUCAGAUAAUCAGUUACCUUCCUUAGUACCAACAUGUAUAUAUGAAAAAUAUUAUUUUUAAUUAUUUGUGCUAAAUUUAGCAAUCUGAACCCUUAAUUCCCAUAAGUGAUAUCCCCUUAGUUUGUAUUUUGAAGAAAGCUGAAUGUAAAACUUCAUGAAACUUGUUUUACAAGUAGGAAUCAUAAUUAUCUAUCUAUAUAUUCAGAUCUAAUUUUUAAAUCAUAUCCUUGAAUGGCAGCUAGUUUAUAGACGAAUCAACCCGAAUUAUACAGUGACAGAUCAAGAGUUCUUAAAAAGAGGGUCCAGCAGGUUAGAAGUCUCAAGGACAUAAUUGUAAAAUAAAUGCAAUAGUUUUAACAACAAAAAAAAUUAUUUCUUGUAAUCAUCAUACACUGUAUAUAUUUUGGACCUUAAAGAUACCCCAAAAUCUGAAACCUUUGGUGAUGUAGUAUAAUGGGCAGAACAAUUUCUACUGA